UGGUGCGAGUGGCAGGCCGGCCGGCCGCUUCCUGCAGUGAAGCGUGUGACUCCUGGCAUGGCGCUUCGGGAGGCCGGCAGGAAAGGGAGCUCGACAGCAGCGGCAGCUACAGCCCAGCGCCCGGGAAAAGCUGCGGCUGAGCGCCCGCUGCCUCCGCCCGGAAUCGAGCGGCGUUGCCGGGCGCCAUGGAGGCAUUAAGCGGCGGCCGGGAGAUCGAGUGGAGCGGGGUGGCGAGGCCGCUGGACCUCCUGGUCACCACAUACCGGUUACCGCAGCUCGUCAGGCUGGAGAACGGGGAAACUGUGGAAGGGAUUCGAGAAAAUGAUUUGGUUUUGCUUCAUUCCUGUCGACAAUGGACAACUAUUACUGCUCACAGCUUGGAAGAGGGUCAUUAUGUGAUAGGACCAAAAAUAGAGAUUCCUGUUCAUUAUGGAGGACAAUUUAAGCUAUUGGAACAGGACCGAGAUAUCAAGGAGCCCAUACAAUACUUCAGCAGUGUGGAGGAGGUGGCAAAAGCAUUCCCUGAACGGGUGUACGUCAUGGAGGACAUAACAUUCAAUGUUAAGGUAGCCUCGGGGGAAUGCAAUGAAGAUACAGAAGUAUACAACAUCACUUUGAGCACAGGUGAUGAACUUACUCUAAUGGGACAAGCAGAAAUCCUUUAUGCGAAAACAUCGAAGGAAAAGUCAAGACUUAACACUAUCUUUAAGAAAAUUGGAAAACUAAACUCUAUUGGCAAGCUUGGACGAGGAAAGAUGCCUUGCCUUAUCUGUAUGAAUCACCGGACCAAUGAAAGUAUUAGCCUUCCUUUCCAGUGUAAAGGUCGACUCAGCACACGUAGUCCCCUUGAGAUACAAAUGCAAGAGGGUGAGCACACUAUUCGCAACAUUGUUGAAAAGACCAGGUUACCAGUAAAUGUUACUGUGCCAUCUGCUCCUCCACGAAACCCUUAUGAUUUGCACCUAAUUCGGGAGGGCCAUCGCUAUAAGUUUGUGAAUAUUCAGACUAAGACUGUUGUAGUGUGCUGUGUACUUCGUAACAACAAAAUGAUUCCCAUGCACUUUCCACUUCAUUUAGUUGUGCCAAAGUUUACCUUAGCUGAAGGUCUCCUUAAGGGUGAGAUGUGGUACGAGAACACAGUUCAACACUCGUUCAACAUUUGUCAGGAACAAUUCGACAUUGAAGAAUACUCACGAGCAGUUCGGGACGUUAAGACUGACUGGAAUGAAGAUUGUAAAAGUCCAAAGAAGACCAGAUGUACUGGACACAGUCACAUGCCUAACUCUCUUAGCUAUGCUCGUGAAGAACUGACACAGUCUUUCCAUCGACUUUCAGUAUGCGUUUAUGGAAACAAUUUGCAUGGAAAUAGUGAAGUUAAUCUACAUGGCUGCAGAGAUCCAAACAGUGAGUGGACUCUCUUUUCUCAUGAAACCCUCCCAUCUCAAGAUUCAGGAGACAGUGGGAGUGAUUAUCUGCUGCCUGAAGUGACUGAAGAACCUGCUGGAAUCCAGUCACAGCCAGAACUUCCCUAUGAAGAGCUCUGGUUAGAUCAGGGAACAGGGAAACGGGGUGGACAUGAUCUUUUCUCUUUGGGGGAGAGAUUGAAAUCUGGUCAGAGAGCUUCCGUCCACUCCAAAUGUCUGGCUUCUUCAGCCCUUUCUUCUCCAGGUCCUUUGUCUACAAUUAAACCAUCAUCUGACAUUUCUCUACCUCCACCUCCAGUGCCUCCAAAGUCUGAAGCUGUAAAAGAAGAAUGCAGACUUCUGAAUGCUCCACCAGUCCCACCACGGAAUGCCAAGCCAUCAUCACAGAGCCCAUCAAUUCCUCCUCGGCAAAUACGCCAACAGACACGUUCUCCCAGCCCUACGCUAUCUUACUAUUCUUCUGGAUUGCAUAACAUUGGUGCCACAGAGAAUGAUGCACCUCCAUCCAGUGAGAAGCAUUCCUCAGCUUCCUGUUACCCGUGUAACUGGAUCAACUCUAAUGCUUUGGACAGUGGAACAAAAUCCCCCCUCAGAAGCCCCAUAUUGGACUGCCCUUCAAAUCGGUCAUCGUGGCCAAACCAACAUUUUGGGGAUGUUGACCAAGAUAGUUAUAAUUUUGGAUCUGAACACAGAAGUUAUUACAGUUAUCCUCGUCACAAGAUACCAAGUACACCAAAGAGCAUAGUGUCCGUACACUUUCAAUAUGGUAGCAUUGAGUGUGCUGGGGGCUGUGAAGCGUUUCCAGUUAAUAACUUCGCUAAACAGCAGCAAUCCAAGGAUGGAGGAUUCCACUUUGUUCCUUCUGGAUGUCCAAGAUCUACCAGUUAUUCCUCAGACGGCUAUAGAGAAAAAUAUUUAGCAGGUAACACACGGCAAAGUCAGUCAUGCCCCAUCUUACCACCACGUGCACUAAAAUUCAAUGAUGAGGAACUAGUUGACCUAGAAGCACUGUUUCUGUCUUCAGCUAUAGAUGGGGCUGAGGAUGAACCUCAGAUUUGUUCAACAGAUCUACCUGAAGACAAUUUUGGUAACAAAGAUGCACCGGAUACAUUUUCUAUUCCUUCUCCUCCUCCUCCGUUGCAUCUGCAGUUAUUACCACGUUCAAGUGGUGAUGGGUCACCCUGGCAGCCACCAUCUGACCUUUGUGGACUUUCAAUAGAAGAGGUGUCAAAGUGCCUGCAAUUUAUUGGUCUCCCUGAAGAGAUUAUGUCACUAUUUGCGACUGAAAAAAUAGAUGGAAAUUUACUUGUACAACUGACAGAAGAGAUCCUGUCUGAAGACUUUAAGCUUAGCAAACUUCAAAUUAAGAAGCUCUUGCAGUUCAUUGGUGGCUGGCGACCUAAGAUGUAGUGCUAAGAUUCAAAUGGCGUCGAAGCAGAGUAUCUGACCUCAACAUCUAUUGUUUUGCACUAAAUAGUCAUAAUUUUUUUGGACUGUAUCAAAUCAGUGCUAUGGCUAUGAAUGGUUUGCUUGUAAAGAUACAAAAUAAUGUUUUUGUAUGUUGAUAAAACUGACAUCCUGUGGAGAAAAAUUAUUGCUGGGAGAGUGUACCUUGUGCUCUACUCAGCUAUCAUCAACUGCUUGAAUUAUCAAAAGAAUGAUAGUAAUUUGGUUGUUCCUCAAGUUUCUUAAAUUGCAAGUGAUUUGCAAGACACGAUGAUCCUCUGUACAAAGUGCUGGAUUCCUGAUCAAAAAGUCUGCUAGGUUUGUUUCAGAUUGUUGACAUACAGAAUUGUGGUUUAACUACUGUUUUGGGUCUAGCCUACUGCUUAGCCACUGUAGUCAUUUUCUUGAUAAUUAAUGUAUAAAUUGAUGGUGACACUUGUUUUUAUUAUAGAACUUUGGUGUUUUUGCUGGGCCGCAUGCAGGUGCAGAUUUAUAAUACCUAAGUUUUUUGAAGUUGAUCUUGGAAUGAGUACACUGAACAAGUUGAAUUUACAUCAGAUGCAACCAUUUAAUAUAAUAAACCCAUUUGAGACUAAUUUAAAA